ACAUCCAGCAAAGAACUCUUCCAGCAGCAGCAGCGACACCAUGGAUUCUUAUUUCAGAGGCUUGGUGCGGAUGAUACUGGUUGUGUCCAUGCCGCCCCUGCUGACUUGCGACACCACCUGCCCCAGCCCAUGCAGCUGUGAGCGUCAGCCGACGGUCGUGUGCAUUGGUGGCACCAUCACCGACAUCCCACAACAACUGCCUCUUCACACGUACACGCUGAUGCUCCACAACACCGCCAUGGACGCCAUAAACGAGCACAGCCUGGGUGAAAAGGACCUGCUGACACGUUUCAGUCUGACUGCCAGCCACCUCCACACCAUCCACCCCCGAGCCUUCUACGCCGCGCCGCAGCUCAAGUCCGUCAAGCUGUCUUUCAACGACCUCGCCUGGCUUCCUGUAAAAGUGUUCAGGCCUCUGACCGCUCUGGAGGAGCUCCAUUUAGAUUGGAACCAACUAGAGAACAUUACGGCAGACUUGUUUGAAGGCCUCGUCGCUUUGGAGAAUUUGGACUUGAGUCACAACAAACUGUCCAGUCUUACUUCCGGGGCUUUCAGUGGACUGACGAACCUCACUGAACUGAAGAUUGGAAAUAACUUUCUAAAAAUGAUUCCGUCUGUGAGCUUUCGCUCCUUGACUAAGCUUCAGCUGCUGGUCUUGUCUUAUAACAAAAUAGAGAGUCUAGAACCAGGGAUCUUUGAUGGACUAGUGAACCUCCAGUAUCUACAACUGCACUACAACCAGAUUUCUAAUAUCCCUCAACAGGUCUUCUGGUCGCUAAGGAGCUUGAAGAACCUCACUCUGUCGUCCAACCAACUUCAAUCUGUCCCUGAGCGUAGCUUCUACUACAUGCCCAGGUUGUCCAAGCUGACCCUGUACAACAACUCGCUCUUAUCGCUGCCGGAUGAGUUGAUGGGACACAUGCCAGAAAUGCAAGAGUUUUAUUUGUAUUACACAAACCUCACCUCGGUGCCUGCAAAUCUGUUCGCAAACAUGUCCGGGCUGCUCCACCUGAACCUCCAUUUGAACGGAAGGCUUCGAGACUUGCCUUCAGGUGUGUUUUGCUGCCUUCCUGAACUUCAGAAGCUCUCGCUGAAAUCCAACAACCUCCAGGCACUUCAGCCGCAUCUUUUCUCCAGACUGAGCAUCAAUAACAACCAACUGAAGAACCUACCAAGGAACAUAUUUCAGGAGCUGGGACUGCUGACGAUGUUGGAUUUGAAGACUAACAGGCUCAGCAAUCUCCCAGAAGACAUUUUCCAGUCCAAUCCAUUCCUUAAGGUGAACCUGAAUGACAAUCCAUGGGACUGCACCUGUAGCAUCGAAGGCUUUGCCAGAUGGGUUCGACAUAACAAGCAUGCGGUUCCUGAUAAUGAAGACGUGAUAUGUCACAGUCCACCGUAUCAAGCUGUCCGCACCCUUGACUCUCUGCGUGACGAGGACUUCAACAUCUGCAAUGUUACAACACUUCCUCCGGGCUGUGCUCCCACUACGACAGCUCUUAAACGCAGCCCACUAGACACCAUCCCAACAGAAGUCGCGUCAUCUAGCGCCCCACCACACGAGACUCCACCCACCUACGACAUUUCACCGCCAUUUUAUGACAAACUGGUAAUGGAAGAGAGGCCAGACUUUGUUCACCACAACCACCACAAUGGUUGGGUGUAUGUGUGGUUUCUGCCCUCCAACGCAGCCUUGGCUGGGUUCCUCAUGUUCGGUCACAUCCUUCUUGUGGCCACAGGUUUCUUUCUCAUCCUUUCCGCCAUUUACGCCAUGCACCGCCUCAACAAGAGGGUGGAGGAGCUACGGGUUUCGUUUGCACACAUUGAGGGAUAAUUAGGGAUGAUGUUUGAUAAGAAUUUAUCGAGUUAGAGCCCAUUAUCGAAUCCUCUUAUCGAACCGAUUCCUUAUCGAUUCUCUUAUCGAAUCCAGAUAGGUUGUUUAACAAAAGCUCACUUUUGUUUUAUAAGAAAAAAAUAAAAUAAAAUAAAUAAAUAAAUAAAUAUUGACUGUUAUCUCCCUAAAAAAAUAAAAUAAAAAACAUAUUGACUGUUGUUACCCAAAGUAUAUUAAGAGGGAUUUUUCAGAAAAACAAAUAUAUACAGUAACACAAAAACAACCUGUCUCUGUGAUCACUAUAGGUGUAUAAAUAAUAAUAUCGUGUUAAAUAAAAUCAGUCCCUUGGGCACAAAACUGAAAAUAAUACAGAUCUCCAAAAAGUGCACUUCUGCUGCUAUUGGAACAUACUAACUACACACACACAGGCAGACAGCUAACAAACAAUCCAAGACGUCUAAUAAAGUUCCAAAGCAGAUUAAUCCAUUUAGGCUCUUUAUUGUUGUUGAUCUUGCUUUGUCUUUUCCUAUCUUCACUUUUGUCUUGCAUGUUUUUUGUUUGUUUUUAAACUGAAAUACACACAAUGACAAAUGUAUAAGCUAUGUGAUUCAAUUAACAUACUGAAAUUUAAUACACAAUAUGUAAAUAUUAGCUUCACACAAAUAUACAGUACUAUCAUCAAACAAAUACUUCUGAGUGUUGAAACUAUUUCGAUGGUGGAAAUACACGACUGGCAGCCAUUUUAAGUCCUCAAAACAUCCAUUGAAACAGUGCACAAAAAUAGUUUUUCAAUAAACAUCUUAGUAUCAAAUUUAACCACUUUCCACCUUAAUAUUGAGUUACGUAAACAAGUUAAACAGUUUACUUACAGAUGUAUCUUUUCCAAGGCUUGUAAGAGCUAACACAACUUGUCUACUUCUCAAUUGUCUCAUGAACUGAACUGACGUCGCCAACCCAAAAGUGCCCAAACUAAUGACGCGUAGUAUUUUCAUAUCGCCACAAGGUGUCAGUAAGAGUCUACAAUCAAAUGGGCAUAACAUUGCCGUCCCACAGGGCAUUUCCUGUGGGACGGGAUUCGUUCCUAGGGAUUCGAAUUAAGAACCAACACUUUUUCUUUACUAUAGUGACCUCGAUAACAGGAACCGGUUCUCAAAAAGGGAUUUGAGUCCAUGGAAUCGGUUCUUUUCUUAUCGAACAACCGGGAGAACCGGUUUCGAACAUCAUCCCUAGGGAUAAUACAGUAUCCGACAAAAGUGAGCACAACCCUGAUAUUUCAACAAGCCGACCCAACUGAUUUUCUUCUGGUACUGUCUGGUAUUGCCUACGCAGACUCGAGAGCAAGGCCUAGCAAUGCCAAAGGUAGUAUAAAACCUAAAUAAAACAUUGUUAGAAAAUAAUUGUGACGAGUGUGUUAAUAUUAAUAAUAACAUGCUAACGUUAGCAUGCUAACAAGGGAACUACAGCAUAAUUACAAGAUGGCACUUAGUAUUAAAAGACAAUAUUUGUAGGUUCAUUCAAAUAAAAAUGAGCGAAAGUGCUAGCAUAAAAUGUUAGCAUGCUAAUGUUAACAUGAUAAGGUAGGAAAAGUUACCAUAAGAUGGCAUCAAGUAUCAAAAUCCAAGAUUUUUAAGUUUAAGCAUAAGAAAUAAGUUAAAAUACUUGCAUACAACUUUAGCAUGCUAACAUUAGCGUGCUAACAUUAGAUAGCAGACUUAUAAUAUAUGUAAUUGCAUACUUGCAAGAUGACGUCAAGUAUCAUCAUCCACUACACUAUUCUUCAAGUUGAAAUAAAAAAAAGGCUAAAAUAGUAGCAUCAAUUGUUAGUAUGCUAACGUAAGCAUGACAACAUUAUAAAAGUUAGCUUAUUUCUAAUAUGGCGCCAAGGGAGAAAAGACAUGAUUUUUUGCUUGCCAGUGCAGGUGAGCCAGUAUGGGUAUAUAUAUAUAUAUAUAUAGGUAUAUAUGUAUAUAAAGGUAUAUAGAGUAUAGGCGUAAUAUGAUCAAACUUUCUUGUUCUUGUCAAAAGUCUAGCAGCCGCAUUUUGUACCAACUGUAAUAUUUUAAUGCUAGACAUAGGGAGACCCGAAAGUAAUACUUUACAGUAAUCGAGACGAGACGUAACGAAGGCAUGAAUAAUGAUCUCAGCGUCGCUAGUGGACAAAAUGGAACGAAUUUUAGCGAUAUUACGGAGAUGAAAGAAGGUCGUUUUAGUAACACUCUUAAUGUGUGACUCAAACAAGAGAGUUGGGUGAAAGAUAAUACCCAGAUUCUUUACCGAGUCACUUUGUGUUAUUGUUUGGUUGUCAAAUGUUAAGGUGGUAUUAUUAAAUAGGUGUGUAAUUGUUUUGUUGUCAAAUGUUAAGGUGGUAUUAUUAAAUAGGUGUGUAAUUGUUUUGUUGUCAAAUGUUAAGGUGGUAUUGUUAAAUAGGUGUAUAAUUGUUUUGUUGUCAAAUGUUACGGUGGUAUUGUU